AAUUGAGAAAUUCGACCAGGAUAUUCACCUAGACAUUAUCGUAGUGGAAGAUUCCUCCCGCCGUGGUUUUAUAACAGUUGCCUACGCAAAUCAUAUACAACGUCGCCACUCGUAUUUGUCAUCCCUUGCUUCUUUUGGUGAAAACUCUUCAACAUCCUCAUUUCUAAAGACGGUCGCUACAGCUAAAAGCACUCUGACUCUAGGGCUUCUCUUAUUUUAAGGUACUUGCUGGUGAGUUUAGUAAAUUUUUGUUUCUCAUCCUGUAAGUGGGCUGUGGUAGUUCACCUACUUGGUUCCCUGCACAUCUACUAAACAAUUUUUCUGGUUCUUCAAAAGAGAGGAUUUUAGGAUAUGCUGAAAGAUGUGUUUGAGUGUUUGGGAGUCCGAAAUUGUUCUUCAUAAGGUUUUGAGCUUAGCAGAGUUGUCUUUUUUCAUUCCCAAAAAGAUUCAGCCUCGGCGCAGUGACCACAGCUUCACCUUUUGUGCCAAGAUGCAACCUAGGUGGAAUAUUUGUAUAUUGCCUGUCACACUGAUGGAUGAUUUAUGCGAGGAUGGUUGAGCAGCACAUAUCUGGUGAACAGAUUGUACUAGCCAAGAGAGGAUUGCUUACUAUAAUAGUACUGGGUUUCGUAGAGUUUGAAUGGCCAAUACGGGAACUAUACUGUUGGAGCGAUAUGAAUUGGGGAGAUUACUAGGACAAGGUACAUUUGCUAAGGUUUACUAUGGUAGGAGUAUCAGGACUGGGCAGAAUGUUGCCAUCAAAGUCAUUGAUAAGGAAAAAGUUUUGAGGGUUGGGCUCGUGAAUCAGGUAAAACGGGAAAUAUCAGUUAUGAGACUAGUUCGACAUCCUAAUAUUGUGCACCUUUAUGAAGUCAUGGCCACAAAGAGCAAGAUUUAUUUUGUGAUGGAAUAUGUUAAAGGAGGUGAGCUCUUUAACAAGGUGUCCAGAGGAAGGCUUAAAGAGGAUGUUGCACGAAAAUAUUUUCAACAGUUGAUAAAUGCUGUAGAUUUCUGCCAUAGCAGGGGUGUCUAUCACCGGGAUUUGAAACCAGAAAACUUACUACUAGACGAGGAUGAAAACUUGAAAAUUUCUGAUUUUGGUUUAAGUGCUCUUGCUGAGUCAAAGCGCCAAGAUGGACUCCUUCACACUACCUGUGGGACUCCAGCCUAUGUUGCUCCUGAGGUGAUCAAUAGAAAAGGGUAUGAUGGGGCAAAAGCUGAUAUCUGGUCAUGUGGGGUGAUCCUAUAUGUGUUGUUGGCUGGUUAUCUUCCAUUCCAUGACUCGAAUUUGAUGGAGAUGUACAGGAAAAUUGGCAAAUCUGAGUUCAAAUGUCCCAGUUGGUUCCCCCCUGAAGUGCGGCGGCUACUUGUGAGAAUGUUGGAUCCCAAUCCACAUACUAGAAUUUCAAUUGCCAAAAUUAAAGAAAGUUCCUGGUCCAAGAGGGGAAUAGCCUCUAAAUCUAUCAAAGCAGACACUGAAAGGAAGGAUCUGGCUUCAGCAUGUACAGAGUCGGCUGCUGGUUCCUCUGAGAACAAGCAAGACGUGGCCAGGCUGUCAAACUUGAAUGCAUUUGAUAUCAUUUCCCUUUCUGCUGGCUUUGAUUUAUCGAGAUUAUUUGAGGAUACUCCUUUAAAGAAAGAAGCUAGAUUCACAUCCUGCAAACCUGCAUCAGUCAUCGUAUCCAAGCUGGAAGAUGUCGCAAAGCGCCUGAAGCUAAAAGUCAGCAAAAGGGAUGCAGGAUUGUUAAGGUUUGAAGGUUCAAAAGAAGGAAGAAAGGGGAUUUUAUCAAUUGACACGGAGAUCUUUGAGGUAACUCCAGCUUUUUAUUUGGUGGAGGUCAAGAAGUCCAAUGGAGAUACAUUGGAAUAUCAGAAAAUUUUAAAUGAAGGCCUGAGGCCUGGUUUACAGGAUAUUGUUUGGGCGUGGCAAUUAGAACAACCACCUCAACAGUCCGAACAGCAGCUGGAUGAGCAAUCAAAUAGUCAGCUUCAGCAACAACAACGUUCAGAUAACCUGCAACAACUCUCGGAGCAGGAGCAGCAGCAACUGCUAUGUCCACUGCAACUACUUCAGCAAGAGCAGUUACCUUGAUUAUAUAAUACACUUUCAAUUUCGGCAUUAUCUAGUAGAUGUAUGUUUGGUUCUUCCAGUCUCCUGACUCAUUUUUAUGUUUCGUCUGUGUAAAUGUCUCUCAAGUAAGUACAAGUGUUUUUCAUUUUUAAAGAAAAAUAAAGGUACAAGUGUUGUUUUUCUU